AUGAAGAAUGGUGAGGAUACCAAAGAUGACACAAUUAAUGCGGAGAAGAAAAAGGGAGCCAAAAUGCAGCAAUUGAAAAAUGAUCUCGACGAAAAAUUUUAUGCACUCGAAUUAACCAUUGCCAGAGCCAACGAAACUCUUACACAGGCCAUAAAGAACGUACAAACCGCAUUACUGAGCGCUAGAGAAGCAUCCUUAAAUGAAGUCGAUAAACUGAGGAAAAAUCUCCUAGAAACCACCGAACAAGCAUUCAAAAAGGUAACCAUCGAAGUAAAAAUAUUAUUUGCGAACUCCCACAAGGCCGACCUAAAAGCCCUAAACGCGCUGGUUGAGAAACACAAAAAUAUAAUAGAAACAAUUCUUAAAAACGACAAACUCACGGGUCUAAAAGGCCUCUUAAAGAAGCUAAACGAUAGCUAUGCUUCUGCUAGAAAACUCACUGACCUCAAAGAUCAACAAAAUGUUGAAUCCCUGUCACAAAAACUACAGGAAUAUUUAGAUAAUAUUUUUAUGUACGUCCUUUUCGACCUCCCCAAACAUCUCCCCUCCUCUCCAUACUCCCCCCAACUCCAGUCCAUCCACACCGCUCUGACCACCCUCCUCUCCCACCUGUCCGAGAAAAAACACUUCGACCACCAGGUCCCCGGAAUGCUCGCGCAACUCAAGACGUCCGUCGAAUCCCUCCACUCCACUAACUUCGGCAACCCCGCGUAUCCCGUGCUCGACGCCUUCCCCAAGAGCCUGGAGCGCUUCGUCGAGCAGCUGGAGAAGGGGUAUGUUAAUAGGUAUGAUGGUCGAACGUGGAACGAUACUAUUGAAGAUAAGCAUUGUGCAAAAAUCUUCUGCACUUUAACACCAAUGCUAUUGGAAGGUCUAAUGGGUCUGAAAGGGAAAUGCACGGAUGGAGGGAGUUGGGGUAAGAAGCAAAUUAAUAUUUCUAUCGAAGAUAGAUAUAAGACAGUUAACCCACUUGGUGCGUUUUUGCACGCUUGCGGUUACAAUGUUUCCAAGUUGCCUGAUUCCCAUGAAGGGGAGCUUAGGAAUAAAGAAAACUGUACUGGGAACACCAUUGGAGGAUUGCUUGCGGCACUAACACUGUCUCCCACCGGUAACUAUAAUUGGCUAGACAUUCUAGACGGAAUUUCCACUCACAUAGAUAAAUACAAUGAAGUUUGCCACCUAGCGACAUUUACGUCCACUAAGAUACCGUGCAGUAUACAUGACAUACUUAUAUGGUUUUCAGGCCUGCCGUACAACAACGUGUAUGAAGCGUUAUUACGUGACGGUUUCACUGGCAUCCUGCAGAAACCUAAGCCCAAAACCAUACAGGGCAACGACGAAUUUGAAGUAGAAUUAGAUGAUCUGAAUUCCUACUACAUAGAUGCAUACCCAAAUAAGUUCACAUAUAAAAACAUUGACACCGUGCUUAAUCACAUAUGUUCUAAAUCCCACGACGUAUUGACCACAAUAGCCGGCACCGGCGACGCAAAUACCGUGUAUGCGUCCGAUUAUUGCAACAACUCUUUUAAAUUCAAAUAUCCCGCCCGCGGCGAAGAUUGUUUACAUACCCUCCUUGACAUGCUUCGUCGACUCUUACCAACUCUCAGAUAUUUAUACAACCAAUGUAGGGUGAAAGCUGAACAUUACGGUUGGUGUGAUUGUAAGUAUGGUAAAGGUAUCCCUAUGGCCAAAUCGCAGUGUACCGAGCAUCCUAGUGAUGAAUCAACGUGCCGACCAAAUGGUCAACCAAGCAGCCAACCUGAGUGCCAACCAAACACUAAAGUAGACUGUCAACCAACGUCCCCGCUUCAGUCCUACCUAUCCGACUGCCUUGUCGGUUGUCUUCCCCAUCAACUAACUUCCGUUGGCUGCAAGUCUGUAUGUUUAACCUGUCCUACUGGUAAACCCGGAAUGCCCUGCUUGACACCUCUUGGCUUCCGGGGUUUCUCCAGCAGUACGAGGACGGGGAGAGAUCUUCGUGAUAUGAUUUCUGAGUUCUUCAACGUCGAUGAUCUCACAUGCCUGUUUUCACUUGUACCAAAACCUCCGGCUACCCUGCCUGAGCACUUUGCCUUUACCUUGUCUUUUGUUGACGGUUGGGAUACCAAUGGCCAUCAUCAUGUUUUAGAUAAAACCCGAGCAUCAAUUACCAAUAGAUCCAUUGAGUUAUAUAAGAACCCCAACAGUCUCACUAAUGCGCUUCGUAAGGCCUAUGGUAAUACACUGGGCGAACAUAGUAAGACGCAUUCUAAUGGUAAUAAAGUAGAUUUGUCGACCCUGUCAUUGACCACGUCUUGUAACGGGACAAACCACUGCGUCCCCUACCUAUCAACGCAACUCAAAGAUGUUCUUCACUCACAAUAUUUCAAGGACCUGUUUAGAGAAUGUGACAAUUUCCUAAAAGAGAUCAGAUGGCCUUUUAUGAGUACGUUGUUAGCCCUCUGGUCGCUGUCGCUCCUGUACCUGCUGCACAUCGCCGUCGUGCGCCUCGACGUCCUGAGGAUACGCUCCCACCUGAGAUCACCCGCAAGCCACCGCAUCGCCGCGCAGUCGCUACUCGCCGCCGCACGCGUCAAGGCACUCGCCAACGUCAAGUACUUCUCACCAUAA